AUGAACAAGCCCAAGAGUAUCCUCAAAUACAGACCAGAGAGCAACAUCAACUAUAAGGAUACGUCUAUCACAGCCAUCAACCCACCGCCCAGAACGUCAUGGCUGUCUCGUUUGCACUCUAAAAUAUAUUCACAAACAGACAUUGCACAAGAUGAAAACGAUGCAGACAAUCCCUUACUAUUAGCAAAGCAAGAUUUGAAGCGAGUUACAUUUUCUGUUGGCAAUCUCACAACGGAGCAUUCAUUCUGCGCAAACGAUAUACCCAGAGAUGAAUUGUAUGAAAAGCAAAAGAGUGAUGCAGCUGCUACCAAACAACAAACUCCACAAGUUACAGACUUGGCCAACCAUUACGAUCAUGCUUGUAUUCAAAGAGAGGAAGGCUGUGUAGACCGCUUCAGAAACCUUCUAAGAAAGAGCCGGACAUCGCAAUUACAGACCAUCAAUUUAUCCAGGCAACCUAUUGCUGCUCAUCAAGCUGGACCAUUGUCUGAUAUUUUCAUUCUGAAAUUUGGUCUUGAAUGCCUGAAUUUAUCAAACUGCAAAUUGGAAGACGAGGCUAUUCGUAUUAUUUUGUGUAGCUUAUUGGUAAGCGGUACCAUUCAACGUUUGGACCUAUCACAAAACAAUUUCAAAUCAAAAGGAUACAAAUACAUAGCCAUUUUCAUCAAAGAGUCCAAAACAAUCCAAUCUGUUGACUUGUCACGAUGUACAUUCGAGAAAAAGGGAAUGCAGUAUUUAGCACAAGGAUUACAAUAUGCAACCACAUUGACAAAGCUGGUGAUGGAUAAAUGCAACAUAAAGCCACCGACAGAGACAUUUCAGUCGUUUUCAGAAGGAGUCUUUAAUGCUACAUCGUUGCAAACACUGUCUUUGCGAAAUAACCAUUUUGCACCAAAUCAGGGGACAUGGAUCGCCAAUCUCAUCGCCCCUCGUUUGCAUGGUAUCAAGGAUCUGGAUCUAUCUGGAAAUCAGCUAAAUUCAAUGUUGGCACCGUUGGCAGCAGUUUUGAGAAAUAACACCAGCUUAUUGCAUUUGAAUUUAUCCAACUGUCAAAUCAAUCACGAAGGUCUGUCCUUGCUAUCGAAUGCACUAGGAGACAAUCGUUGCUUGGAGGAGCUGGAUCUGUCCAUGAAUCCGUUGGGACAUGAUACGGAUGAGGGUAUCUUGGCUUUGAAGAAUGCUUUAGCUCGAAACGCAUGUUUGCAAAGCUUAAACCUAUCCGAAACACAACUGGAUUCAAGCACGGCCAUUGCAUUGGCUGAAGCACUUCCCGAAAACGCAUCACUCUGUAGAUUGGAUCUCUCAAAGAAUCCUCAUAUUGAUAUGGCCGGUAUCUUGGCGCUUGCCAUCUCCAUCAAAAUGAAUCAUACCCUGACCUUUUUGGACAUUAAUAUUCCACCUUUGGAUGAGGAACUGGCCAACCUACAAAACGACAUUGUUGCUGUGUGUACGACAAACAUGCUGCAAAAGGUGGAAGCACAACAAAAACAUGACAGCGUUACCAUGUCGCCAUCUUCUUCGUCUUCAUCUUCCUUGACAACAUCCAAUUUAUCGUUGGUAGAGCUCCCAACAGAACAGAGAUUGAUGGCAGCGAAACAAGUGUUGGAUGGUCCCAAUUCACCACAGCUAGAGGUAGUAGGCGACGAGCAUAGACUUGAAACACCCAUAUCGACAACAGCCAACACAAAUAUAAACACAUCAUCACCUGCAGUGACGCCUCUCACAAGCACUGCUGAUACUCUUGAUACUGAUACUCAACAAGCAUAG